AUGGUCCGUUACACAUCUCUAGCUGCUGUUGCUGCUUCUACUGUUAGUAGUAAGACUUCCCACAUAGAUGGGGCAGAUGCCCUAGAAUUAAGAGAUGCUUUAGUUCUAUCUGAUGAUCUUCUUUUUGCAAGAAAACAAGAGAGGCUGAGGAAGAUGGAAGAGAGACAGGUAUACUUGCAACUUUACGAGGCCAUUGAAACCCUCCUUCGCAUGUGCAGAGAUGGUUGCUGGACGAUUGGACCACGCGACAAACUCCUUAGAGCAUCGCAGCCUCUCUGUGGAUUCCCUGCUUGUAAAGGACUUGAGACCUUAGUACGUCAUUUUGCCGGCUGCAAGGUCCGCGUUCCUGGAGGAUGUUUUCAUUGCAAACGCAUGUGGCAGCUUCUUGAACUGCACUCUCGGAUGUGGAUCGAGCCUGAUGAUUGCAAGGUUCCUCUAUUUAAGUAA